UUCAGACAGACAUCAACCGUAUUUUUGGCGAAGACACGCUCCGUCUUGUACACAGCAUAAUAUGUAAAGACUGGCUAGCCCGCCUUCCUCAAAAUGUCCUCAUUCAUAUGUUAUCAUUCCUGGAUCUUGUCGACAUCGCAAGGCUGGGAUCAGUGUGCCGGUCUCUUCGGAAAGUUUGCUCAAGCGACGAGUUAUGGGAGAAGAUUUUUCUAUCCCAUUGUGAUACCAUCAACGACGAAACUCGAUCAUUAGCGAAAGAAAUCGGCUGGAGGAAAGUGUUCUUCACUAACAAGCUGCAGCUUCAGGUUCAAAUGAGACGACGUAAAGAGAGAAACAGCGCUGAAAUGAAAAGAAAGACAACUCCAGCCGAAGAGCAGAUCCCCCUCACAUUUGUAACUCAGUCCAAUGGCAACUACGAUCACUACUAAUUAACUGGUGUCCAUUGAGUUUUUCGAGUUAGCAGUUAAGUGUAGUUAGGGCACCUGAUUUGCAAGGAAGUGUUAGCUAUAAGACAUUAGAAAUUGUUAUUUCAAAACAUGCUCAUAAUUUGCAGUUCUUUGUUGCUCAAUGAAUUAAAUGGGUUGUCAACCAGCUGAUAUCAAUGAUGGAUCGGCCUGAGGUAUGAUCAUCUUUUUUCAGGAUUUUCUUGUAAUGGUCUAUUUAUGAUGAAAGUAGCGGACGUUUCAACCACUUCAGCUGAUAAAUGGGGUUUAAAAGUCAGAAUGAAUGGAGUUUAAAAGUCAGAAAUCAACAACAGUCGUUUUUCGGCCGUACACAUACCUGAACAACCCUAUAAUUUAACUAUUUUCUGCUAAAGCACAACUUGCGUGCUAAAUAUCUUGAACGGUGUGGCAUACUCUUACAAAUUGGCCUUCUUUGAAAAUAGGUAUCUGAAGUUCACAAGGAUUGUUUGUGUGUACAGUACUUUGAGUUUUAUUUUUUCAGAAAACAGAAAAAAAAAACAGAAACAAAACAAAACAAACCACAUCUUUAAGUGUUAGACAUUUUACUUUCUAAGAUCCACAGGUGAAGUUUAUGUUAUAAUAAUUUUCAAAAAUAAAGAUGGUUGUAUGGAUGUACUUGGAUAUUUUUUGUGUGCCUACAAUACUUUCAGUCUUUUCAUUGGAAAACAAAACAAAAAAUAUAAUAAAACAGAUCUUUUGUUGAAAUGAUGUUAUCUACCAAUCACUGUGAACAACAGACUGAAACCAGUGUUCAUGGUUUUCCAAGUCUCGCACUGAUCAGUAUUCUUACACUUGUAAAAAUAUGAAUUGAGUAAAUGUUUUAAAAAUUGAUAUGAACUUAAUAUAACUUUUAUACUUUGUUUUACAAAAAUUAAAGUAAUGGUUGAUAACAUGCUUUAACCAAAAAAUAUAACGAGUGCAUAUACAGGGUGUGCUAACAUAUCUUGAAGGACUCACCCAAGGGUAUCUAGUGUGUCUCCUAUUUAAGGGCAGUUAAAAUAUCAGUGCAAGGUAUUCUUAUGAAAAAAAAAAUUUAAUCUGGAAAAAUAAAGGAUACUGUUCAAAGUUG